AUGCUCGAUUCACCCAUAGGCGAGCGAAAAUUAACUCGCGUGGUGGAUCAAAUAGAGCAAGACUCGACAAAGAACAAAUCGAAUAGUUCGACUCUUUCUCACUUAACAUCAAUGGCUCUAUUAACUAUUGAGUACUACAUAGAAUUGCAUGGGACCAAUCGUUUAGAAUGUUACUUAUUGUGGGAUGUGGUUCUGCACGAGGAGUUCCCUUAUCACUGUGCAGUUGGAACUGAAUCUGUUAUCUUGAAAGCUUUAACCACUCUUUGGGACUUUAGGUUCCUUAUUUUCAGCAAAAUACUUCAUAAAAAUCUGCUCUUUGGAUACCGCGUUUUGAAAUCUCUGGUUGGCACUUUUAGACUUAGCAGGAUGGGUGAUGACAAAUUUGAUGAAAAGUUAUUGACUGAGAAACUCUCUAAACUCAAUAGUUCUCAGCAAAGCAUAGAGUCUCUAUCUCGGUGGUGCAUAUCUCACCGCAAAAAGGCCAAGCAAGUUGUUGAAACUUGGGAGAAACUAUUUAAAUCUGCACAAAGGGAGCAACAAAUUUCUUUUUUAUAUUUAGCAAAUGACAUACUGCAAAAUAGCAGGCGCAAGGGCAGUGAAUUUGUAAAUGAAUUCUGGAAGAUCCUUCCGGCAGCUCUGAAGAGUGUUUACGAUCUUGGCCAUGAAAACUGCAGGAAGGUUGCUUCCAGACUGGUUAAUAUAUGGGAAGAAAGAAAAGUUUUUGGAUCGAGGGGUCAAAAUCUUAAAAAUGAAAUCUUGGGCAAGAAGACUCCUGUCACUGUUAGCAAUGGAAAGAAUUCAAAUCCUAUCAAGGUUGUGAAGAGAGAUAGCAACUCAUUAAGAAUUAAACUUGCUGUUGGGGGUAUGCCAGAAAAAAUCUUAACUGCAUUCCAUCUGGUACACGAUGAAGAUGUCAAUGAAGAAGCAGCCUUAAACCAGUGUAGAACUGCAGUUUGUCACGUUCAAGAGAUGGAGAAAGACGUUGAAAAUAUUUCUUCUCAAGGAAAUCUGCAGGGUUCUGAUUUGGUGGAUAAGAUACAGGAACAGGAAAACACACUUCAACAGUGUGUUAGACAACUUGAAAAUGCUGAAGCAAUCAGAGUUGCACUGGUUUCCCUGCUUAAAGAAGCACUUGAGGAUGAAGAAUCAAAACUGGUGCUGAUACAGAGUGAGCUACAUGUUGCUCAGGGUCUAAUCGAGCAAGCAGUGCAUAUGAGGCAGCAGCUGGCCCCUGGUUUUUCAGUUCCUACAUCCACAAACCAACUUAUGGAAGCCAACGCCCAGAGGAUGGUUGAACCCAAAUUCCUGGCUACCCAGUUGACAAACAAUCUGCCAGCACCUCCACAUUCGCACCCUUUAACACCAUUUUCAAUCUCUAAUCUAAGUGAAGAGGAGAGCAAGAAGGCAACAGUAGCUGCUGUUGCUGCAAAACUUGCUGCUUCAACAUCUUCUGCGCAGAUGUUAACCUCAGUUCUCUCUUCCCUUGUAGCUGAAGAGGCUGCUUCAAUGAGCAGUAGCUUCAAAUCUGCCGGGUUUUCGAGUUUGCCUAUUUUACCUCCUGAGAAAAGGCAGAAGAUAGAGAAGCCUAUUCCCUUCUCUGAAGUGGACAAUUCCGAGACUGGUAAUUCCAUGUAUUUUUCUACUACGCAGCAAGUAACAGCUAAUAUGCCACCAAACAACAUGCCUUCUAUAGCUCAAACUAACCAAAUGCAAGCUCCAUUCCUGCCACCUCCUCCACCUCUGCCACCACUUGCACCUCCAUCUAAUUCUCCUGCAAGUCAAUUGGUCCAAUCGGCAAUAGUGGGGCCACCCUAUGGGUAUGGGGCUGGAAACUUGCUACCUCCAUCUUUGUCUACAAACAUUUCUAUGGGCUUAGCCAGGCCUGGCCCUCCUCAGCAAGCACAGCCACAGCAGUUGCAGAACCACCAGCAGCAGCCACUGCCUCCAAAUGCUGGGUACUAUAGGCCUCCAGGUAUUGGAUUCUAUGGGCAGAGUCAUCAGACAUCAACACCGCCCGUACCUAGACAGAAACCCCGUUCAUCCUCCUCAAUUCGAAGCCCUAGGUUCUUGCCCCAAAUCUCUCCACCCAAAUCGUCGGAAAUCCAAGCAAUAGCGUUGCCCCAAAUCCUUCCAACCCCUCCACCCCCGAACUCAUUGUCCCUUGAUUCAGCGGGCAGUUGUGCAAACGGACAGCAGUUAACUCAACCCAGCCGAAUUUUUUCUCUUCGCAAUUUCGAACUUCUGGACCUACUGCAGAUGGAUGACGUGCACACGGAUGAUGAAAUUAAAGGUAUGGUAAUGUUUGCAGUUGAAUGGUAA